UGGGUGCGAAGUAUCAUGGAGGAUCAGAUCGAGAACGGCAGCCAUUGAAUUUACGUGAGCUGUUUGUCCACGCUGUGGAUAAUUUUGUUUCUUUAAACGGUCUAGCCUCCGUAUAACAACCACCGACUAAAUGGAGAUGAAGAAGAGAAUCAGUUUAGAGCUGAGGAACAAAACUCCAGCAGAGGUUGCAGAGCUGGUGGUGGAUAACUGCCGCUCAAGUGACGGUGAGAUUGAAGGCCUGACAGAUGAGUUUAAGGAGCUGGAGUUCCUCAGCAUGGUCAAUGUUGGUCUCACCUCACUGGCCAAGCUACCCUCACUUCCAAAACUGAGGAAGUUGGAGCUGAGUGAUAAUAAUAUCUCGGGGGCUCUCGAAACACUCUCAGAGAAAUGCCCCAACUUGACGUAUCUUAAUUUGAGUGGUAACAAGAUUAAAGAACUCAGCACACUGGAAGCCCUGCAAAACCUAAAGAACCUGAAGAGUUUGGACCUGUUUAACUGUGAGAUCACCACAUUGGAGGACUACAGGGAAAGCAUCUUUGAACUGCUGCCUCAGGUCACAUACCUGGAUGGCUUUGAUGCAGAGGACAAUGAAGCUCCAGACUCUGAUGCUGAUGAAGAUGAAGAUGAUGAUGAGGAGGAGGAUGAUGGUGAGGAAGGACCUGGGCAACUCGGGGACUAUGAAGAAGAGGAGGAGGAGGAGGAGGAUGAGGAAGGCUCAGAGAGUGGAGAAGUUGGGCUGUCCUAUCUAAUGAAAGAGGACAUCCAGGAUGAAGAAGAUGAUGAUGACUAUGUAGAAGAGGAAGGAGAGGAAGAAGAGGCUGGAGUUCGAGGAGAGAAGCGAAAGCGGGUCGCUGAAGAUGAGGGUGAAGAUGAUGAUGAUGAAGACGAUGACUAACCCUAUUUGUUUGACUUAGAAACAAUAUCCAAGCUGUAGAUCAUCCCUGAAAAAGACAGUGAUCUUGCAGAUUGUUUUUCUCUUUGUAAACCAUAGAUAAAUCACUGUAUAGCUAAUUGUUUUCUUUUAUAAAUAUAUUACACUUUAUAAAAGGGGUAUAUUGACAAUUCAUUUAUAGCCAUUCCAAGUUUAUUUCUCAACACAGCAGUCCAUUUCAUCAAGGGGUGUGCUUGGGGAGGUUUGCAGGGCAAGUUGAGAUUUUGUGAUUCCAAAUCAACACGUGAUUGGAGCUUUGAGACUGCAGCAUUUGUUAGUCCCAGUCCGUAAAACUCAGCCACUCAGUUUGUGCUCCAGCUCCCAGUGACUUUCCCCAAGACCUCUGUAAGGAGAGUCCUGCUCCUCAUCUACCUCUCUAGGUAUCAUUUUCAGCCCACCAUGGAGCAGCAAGCCAAUCAUCUCCAGCUAUCAACCCCCUUUGUUGCUGGAUAGACCAAUCACUGCCAAGGAUCUUGUCACUCUUUCAGUGGCAUGGUUUCCACUUGAUUCAGCUUUUUUUAUGGAUCAGGCUGGUUCAUGUUGGCAGACCAGAUGGUAUGUGAUCUCAUACAUUUUAAAAUGUAAUGUAAAUGAAUUGAGAAAAAAAUUAGGAGUUGAGCUAUUAAAUUUGUUUUAAUCUCAGUUUAUUAUUGCAGAGAUAAAUCAUGGAUUGUUUUUUAGCAAUUCGCCCUUUCUCAAGUUUAUGCAUAAAGUCAUAUAUUUUUGACAAGAUGUCAUCUAGAGCGAAGUAAAAAAUUCAGAUGUGUUUCAUUUUAAGAGAAAUUGCAUUGCUGGAAAUUUCUCAAUGUUCAGGUUUAACAGCUUUGUUGGAUUAAACCCUUUCUACCUUUGUCUUGCUGUGGGAACUGGUUAGUUUCUACUUUUUGUUGAGGUAUUUUACAGAGUAAUACCUUUUUAAUCAGAUGUUCGUAUGGCAAUAUGUAUAUAUUAUCUGUUUCAACAGGUUGCCGUUUUUUGUUUUCUUUUUAAUCUAUUUGGUCAAUUGUUUUAAUACAACUUACAUGCAGGUCACCUGUUUUAAUGUCCAGUACUUGGUUGUUGUGUGAGUGUUGCAUUUGGGGUUUUAAAUGCAACACUUGAAGUUUGUGUAAAGAGUGAAUGAAUUGUCCUUUUGAUGAUUAAAAUGACAUAACUCCUUGAUGUUAUGUUUAAAAGAUUAUCCUUUUGUGUGGA